GUAUAUAGGCAGGCGGAGGGGCCGGGGGGCUGCACUCUGCCGUCGUCGCCCCUGUCAGACUCCAUGAAAUCUGCUGCCGCCCGUGCUGAGCCCGCGCCAGGCCCCCCGCCUAGCACUAGAUGAGAUGUUUCCUAAACUCCAGAAUAGUGGUCCUGUGGGCUAGAGCUAGCUACAUGCAUGAUGGUGGCUUCCUAUUUCCAGCUACAAAGCUGCCUUAAGAUAGUUGUAGAAUGGAAGAGGAAUUGGCUGCUCCCUCCACUUCUGCAGACAAAACUGAUAGUAUGGAUGUGGAUGGAGAAGCCAAGAAACUACUGGGCUUAGGACAGAAACACUUGGUAUUGGGAAAUAUUCCAGCAGCUGUUAAUGCAUUCCAGGAAGCUGCUAGUAUAUUGGGUAAAAAGUAUGGCGAGACUGCAGAUCAAUGUGCAGAGGCUUUUUUUUACUAUGGAAAAUCUCUCCUGGAGUUAGCAAGAAUGGAGAAUGGUGUAUUGGGAAAUGCCUUGGAAGGAGUGCAAGUGGAAGAAGAAGAAGGAGAAAAAGCAGAAGAUGACUCAAUGGUAGAAAAUGCUGAUAACAUAGAUGAAGAAGCAAGGGAGGAGUUGAGAGAGCAGGUAUAUAACGCCAUGGGGGAAAAGGAAGAAUCCAAAAAAUCUGCAGAAGAGUCUCCAGUACUGAGUGAAGCUGGGAAGGAAACAGAAAGCGAGGAUGUGGAGAUGGGAGGAAAAACAAGAGAAGAAGCAGCAAUUGCUGGCAUAGAGACAAAGCUUAAAGAGAAGGCAGAAGAGCAGGUAGAGGCAGAUAUGCAGGAGAAGACAGUGGCAGAAGAGCAAGUGGCAGAAGCUAUAGGAGAGCAGGCAGAGGUGGCUGUGGAAGAGAAGGCAGUGGCAGAAGCCACAGAAGAGCGGGUAGAGGAGGCAGUGGCAGAAGCAGCAGAAAAGCAAGUUGAGGCAGCCACGGAAGAGAAGGCAGAAGCCAUGGAAGAGCAAGUAAAGGCAGCUGUGGAAGAGAAGGCCGUGGCAGAAGCCACAGUAGAAGCAGCUGUGGAAGAGAAGGCCGUGGCAGAAGCCACGGAAGAGCAGGUAGAAGCAGCUGUGGAAGAGAAGGCCGUGGCAGAAGCCACGGAAGAGCAGGUAGAGGUAGCUGUGGAAGAGAAGGCCGUGGCAGAAGCCACGGAAGAGAAGCUAAACAAGUCCAAAGAGGCAUUGGCCUCAAAAGAAACGCUGUUGGCAGCUGGAAAUGCCACUACACCUGCAGAGGGCAAAGAGCCAGCUAAUGAAAUGCAAACGGAAGAAAAAGUUGAAGUAGCUGUUAAGGUAGAAAAAGAGAGAGAUGACCUGAUGGAAGAGGGAGAUGGUGCUAAGGUAGAAAAAGAAGAGGAGAAAGAUGACCUGAUGGAAGAGGGUGAAGAAACAGAAGGAUCAGAUGAGGAAGAUAAAGAAAAUGACAAAACUGAAGAUGAUAAAGAAAAUGACUCAACCAUUGAAAAUAAGUCUUUUCAGGAAAGUGAAGAGGAUGAAGUUGGAAAUCUGGAGCUGGCCUGGGAUAUGCUGGAGUUGGCAAAAGUAAUCUAUAAAAGACAGGAAACGAAAGACGCUCAGCUCCACGCUGCUCAGGCUCACCUGAAACUAGGAGAAGUUAGCGUUGAAUCCGAAAACUAUGCACAAGCUAUAGAAGAGUUUCAGGCGUGCCUUGCCUUACAGCAGAAGUACCUAGAGGCCCAUGACCGCCUGCUAGCAGAGUCCCACUACCAGCUGGCACUGGCAUAUCACUACAACAGCCAGUUUGAUGAAGCAAUUCUGCAGUUCAGUAAAUCUGUAGAAGUCAUUGACAAAAGAAUGGUGAUGCUGACUGAACGAAUAAAGAAAGCAGAAGGAGGAUCUACUGAAGAUGAGAAGGAGAUCGAAGAAUUAAAGGGACUACUUCCUGAAAUUAAGGAAAAGAUAGAGGAUUCAAGAGAGUCUCAAAAGAGUGCAAGAGUAGCUGAACUGGCUUUGAAAGCAACUCUGGUUGGAGGAGCUACCUCCAGUUUUACACAGAGUGAAGAAAGCUGUUCUGUUUCCACAAUUCCAGUAAGAAAACCAGCUGAUGGAGCAUCCCAGUGUGUUACAGACAUCUCUCAUCUUGUCAGGAAAAAGAGGAAACCAGAGGAGGAGACUCAACAGGGAGACAAUGAAGCUAAGAAAUCUAAACCAGAACCGGCUGUCAAUGGCGGUGGUGAUGCUGCCCCCAGUGGAAAUGAGGUUGCAGAAAAAGUGGAAGAGGAGCUGGAGAAGAGGCCACAGGUGGAAGCAGGGGCUGCAGUUGAAAGUACAGUAUGAUAAGUCUUCAAUGUGGACCUCUCCUCUCAAGGAGAAUGGUUUUGUAUAUAGUGUAUUUUUUCACUUUGGCAACUUUUGUAUGACUUCAAUAAAGAUUGUAAGCAAA